UAUUUGUAAAUACGUGCAAACCCCAUUUCUCAAUCAGUUCAUUUAAAUACUUAGUCAUAUAAAGGAAUGAGUAUGAAUUGAACCUGGUUCUAUAUUUUUAUGCAAGUAACUUUAAAAGUAAUAGUGUAAUUAUUACAUAUCGCAACAUUCCUCAAUACUUUUAAACCCAUAAAUAAAGCACAUCUGCAUAUAUACAAUGUCUGUGUUUGAGGAUAAUCCUUUCGGAGAACCUCUUGUGGAUAAUCCAUUUGCCGAUCCAGCUAUUCAACAUGCAACUAAAAAUGCAUCAAGUAUUCAAAAUUCUUUGGAAGAUUACAAUCCUUUUGAACAGGAGCAAAAUAAACCUCAACUUCAAAUAAACUCUAAUAACGCUGCUGUGGUGCAACCUUUAUCGCAAAAUAUGACUUCACCACAAGCCCAAACAUCAGUCCUUCCAUCGCAUACGAGUGUGCAAAUUACAACUGAAGAGUUACAGCGUCGACAAGAUGAAUUAGAUCGAAAAGCAGCAGAACUUGAUAGACGCGAACAACAAUUGCAGGGUUUAAAUAUACCACAAUUAAACAAUUGGCCUCCUCUUCCCGACAAUUUUUGUGUUAAACCGUGCUUUUAUCAAGAUUUUAAUGUGGAUAUCCCACCAGAAUUUCAAAAAUUAGUAAAACAUCUGUACUAUACAUGGAUGUUUUAUACUUUAACUAUGUGUUGCAAUAUCAUUGGUGGCUUGAUUAUUCUUUUACACAGCGGAAGUUUUACCAAUUUUGGCUUGGCUAUUUUUUAUACAGUACUUUUUACGCCCGCAUCUUACGUAUGUUGGUUUAGACCAGCAUAUAAAGCUUUCCGAAAUGAUUCUAGUUUUAAUUUCAUGGUAUUUUUCUUCGUGUAUUUUUUUCAAACAAUAUUUUCAGUAUUUCAAACGAUUGGCUUACCGGGCACAGGUUGGUGUGGUUUUAUUGUAGCUGUUUCACAAUUUAAUUCAACUGCAGCAGGAAUAAUUGUUGGUUUACUGUUACUUUGUAUUGCCUUCUGUUUUGGGUUAACUACUGUUGCAAACAUUAUGAUGAUAACUAAGAUUCACACGAUUUAUCGAAGCACUGGCGCGAGCAUAGAUAAAGCCAAGGCCGAAUUUACUACAGAGUUUAUGCGUAAUCAGCAUGUUCAACAAGCCACUUCUUCGGCUGUAAAUAAUGCCAUAAAUUCUCAACUCAACAACAGCAGAUAUUAGAUAUAUAAAAUAAAUAUUUGCCAUUUGCAAAAAGGAUAUGUAUUCUCUCUAAAGAGUUUAGAUAUAUUUUUUUUAAAUAAAGUUCAUUUAGUUAGUUA